UGACGGAACCGGAAAGUGCGGAGGGUUUUUGGGGUGGGAUUCGUAAAUACUCUUCCCUUUUUGCGACAUUCACGUCGACGACGACGACGACGGCAGUGUCGAGAAGGAAAGAAGUGAAGGCCAAGAAGUGAAGGCCAAGAAGUUAAUUGUGGUCGAGUGUGCGCGUUUGUGCGCUGUCAAAACACAGCUAAUAGUGACACUCUUUUCGGAAGUGGUUCUCUGAGGGGACGGAGGCGCGCGCGCCCGGUUAUAUAUUGCCUGGUGCUUGCAGCAGGAACCCGUCGUCUGCGGCCCGGUUGGUGAGGUUUGGGCUAUUUAAUUCAAUAUAAUAAAGGAGUUGAUGCUUCGCACAACAGUCCACCUCUUCCUCUUCCGCACGGUUCGGUUAUGCUGCUGCACAUAAUUUACGCCACGAGUGUGUUUCAUGACGUGCUACGAUUUCACCCUAUGCUCCCCUAUGCUCUCUAUGCGCUGAGAGUUGAGUCCGUUAUUCGAACGGAUCGUGUGUGAUUGUGACACAUCGCAUCGAAGGUGGCGAACGAUAAGUGACAGUUUUCGUUUCGCUAGGCAUUUCAUUUCGCGCUUCAUCCAAGCAGUCUAAGCCCAAAAGCUAUGCUACCGAAACACAGUGAACAGUGACUCCGGCCGUACUAAUUCCUUACUCGCUCGUGAUUAAAUAGUGAAAAAAAAAAAAACAACCAAACCGAAGAACGCAACGCCACCCGGCUAUGAUUGGUGGCAAUUGGUGCAAGAUGGAUACGGGCAGUGGUGUUGCGUCGCGGUCCUCGCGGACCCUCGGAUACAGUGCGCUGAAACGGUUCGUCAGCCUCGCGAUUCUGCUUCAGAUCAUCGCCAAUUGUGAUUAUGGUUUCGGAGCGAUUCGAUCGGUUCAGCUGGUGGUGGAACCGCCGGCGGUACGCCGUGGCCAACACGCCACCUUACGCUGUCUGUACGAGCUGGACGAUUCGCCGCUGUACUCGGUCAAGUUCUAUCGAGGAUUGCGCGAGUUCUACCGCUACUCACCGAGCCAGCUGCCGAGCAAGAAGAUUUUCCCCUUCCCCGGCAUCAACGUUGACGCCUCACUGUCCGACAACCGGCAGGUCGUCAUCAAGAACGUUGGCUUCGGAUUGUCCGGCAACUUUUCCUGUGAAGUGACGGCCGAUGCGCCCUCCUUUUCCACCGCCACCGAGCAGGCCAGCAUGCAAGUAGUGGAGCUUCCGGAUAGCGGUCCCACCCUUUGGACGGAACAUUCCCGGUACGAACCGGGUGAUGUUUUGAGAGCGAACUGUACUUCCCAGCCAUCUCGACCGAAGGCAGAGUUGACGUUAACACUGAACAACAUGGUGGUAUACACCUCACACGAAGAGACGCGAACCACGACGGACAACCUCAUCUCGAGCAGCCUGACGCUUCGGUUGCAUCUUCAAAGCUCUCACUUCGGAUCGGGGCUUCUGCCGGGACUGGGAGGCUCCGUUGGUGGACCGGCCGGUGGAGCACUGCUGCUUCGGUGUACCGCCACCAUCGGCAAGCUGUACGAGCGGUACACGGAACUGGAACUGGGCGUUCCCCAGCGGGAUCCCAUACCGGCCAGAGUGACAUCAUCUAGUGCCACCAGGAUAUUGCCAGGCAUCGCUGGAGGACCUGCUGGCAGCCUAACCGGUUGGCUACUGAUCGCAAUCACUCUCGUGACACUGGCGCUGACGAUGCUCCACAAUCGAGCUCCACUGGACUUCCAAACCAUCAGUCACAGCUCGCCAGCAUCCAGUUCGAUCCUUCAAAGAUAGUUUGCUAAUCGGACGACCGCAAUGCAGUGACGUUGUGACCGUUAGGCAGGCUGGAUUACCGCUGCUGAUCGGCUGAUCGGUUGGCUGAGCAUAUUGGGAUACGCGCAAUCCCUUAUCUGGCCACAAUCAUUGCUACACUUUCAUUACGCACUCACUGCUACUAGCAACGCUACUGAAGGAUUUUUACAAGCACACUUACCGAGACACACAUACGUACACACAAACACAAGAACAGACACAAAUACACACAACACAAACGGAGCUUACUGGAAGUAUUGGUGGCGGCAGCAGCAGCAGCAACAGCAACAGUUGUUGCGACCGUAGUAAUCGAAAAUGCGUGGAAUACGGUUUGUGUUGAUAUUGAUACCACCCACACUCCCCUUGUCACCCUUCCCAAUGACUUUCGUUGCCGUCAAAUUGCCAGAAAUCCAAACAUAAUGUUAAUGAUGUAAUGUAAACCGAUAGAGGGGAAUGAGGUUAUGGUAGUAACCAAUCGUGUCGAUGGUUCCAUGAGAUAAUUAUGAUCAUUAUUAGGACGAUACUGAUGUGGCUGAUGGUGAUGAUACGGCUGAUGAUGAUGAUGAUGAUGAGUGUGGUGCAGCAGGUCUCUGGCGAACGUCAUUAUCGGUUUGGGCACGGUUUGGGGGUGCGCGCGAUCAAGCUGCUAUGUCCUGUGGCGGUGCAAUUUACGCUCUGGUCACUGGAAAACCCCGGUUCCCGGUGGCUAAUCAAUCGAAACGACUGCAUCACUGAGUUGUGCAAAGAGUAAUUUCCAACAUCCAAUAAACACGCAAAACACUUUCGCCGAUAUUCCCGGUAUAUGAAACGCUUUACUCAUCGGUGCGGUGAGUUCAUCGUAGGUUUGGCGUUUGAUGUCCACUCAGCAAUGCGGGAAUGGCCCGGUUCGGCACCAUUGGUACGUGAUCCUUUCACACCAAAAAAAAAAAUGAAACACGAGUAAAGCAUCAGCAUCUCCACGGUUGAUGCAUUUUAAAAAGGACGAUCUAACGAUACCCGGCAGAAAAAUAAUUAGCUACGAAAAUCGAAUGCAAACAUGGUGUGUGUGUGUGUGUGUGUGUGUGUGUGUGUGUGUGUAUGUGUAAUGGCAUCAUCAAGCUAUCAUGCUAUAGGAAUCAACCAUGCCACCAGCUAUCGGUAUGCAAUCGGUAUGCAAAUCGUGAGCCAACAGUGCUAUUGGCAAACGAUUCCGUUUCCCAAACGUAUCGCAAUUAUUGUGACCGUUUGUCGUCGUCGUCCUCGUCGUUCGUUCUGCUAAUGUUGGCAUUAUCAAAGGAAGGUUAGUCUCAGACUCUAUUGAGUACGAAAUAUUUUUCCAAAAUGCGCCAAAAGAAGGAAUAUCGCUGCAAAGGUUCAAUCAGUCGCGAUAGGAUCUCCCCUAAAAGGAGCUGCAGUAGCUGCUUCCCUGCCUCUGGUCAUUUGGCGCAAUCAAGCCGAACGAACCAUCGAACUGAUAAUGAUGAUGGUGAUGAUGCACCGGAUGCUUGGGAUGAUGCUAGUGCAUAUCGAGGUCACGGAGAACGGUCGCGCGAACCCGAUGUUGCCCCGGGGUUGAGCGAAAAUUUAAUUGAAAAUGAAUAAAUGAAGUUAUGCUUGGUGCGCUGGUGCGCUUUCUUUUGAUGUUUCGAUUGCCCGAUCACACUGGACUUGCAACAGAGAGAAGAAGAGAGAGAACGAGAGAGAGAAAAAAAGCAAGAGAAAAAAGAGAGGACAGGAAAAAAUGGGUGAAAACCCAGAAAAAGGCUGCACUAAACGGAACUGUAAUGCGAGCGAAUGAGUAACAGAGUAACGGGGUGGGAGGACGGUGCUUUCACCGACCGUUUUGUACCUCAAAUUGGAUCGUUGAAACCGUUUUCGUUUUGCUCUUCUUAUUGCUGCUUCACUUGUCCACAUGUUCCGUUUAACAUUUAAUGGGUAACCCAUCGGUGUUUGGAGAGCGAAAUUGAACUCUGUUAAUGCCAUGUGAUAGGCGAUCACCAGAAAAGUUGCAAAAGAAACGUUACGAUCGACACGGUUACCGAAACGAACUGAUAGCUUCGAGAGUAUGGUACGUGCCGGUGUGUAUGGAGAGAGCGUGUAAACAUUGAAUUUGAAAUCAACGCCAACGUGCUUAAUUACGAUCGAAUCAUGCUUAAGUCCUUUCGCGUCCCUUUGACCGUCAUGUGAUAACCAAAAUGCAAAAGCAACAAACGUGAGGCACGUAAAGUCAAAUGUUUCAAUUAAAUAAAACCACUUACUGGAACGAACAGCCAGCAUUAGCAGUGCUGCAAUUUGUUUUCGCAACAAACAUUGCAACUGAAGCGAAACGUUUGCUUUAAUGCACUACUGGCACCUCGUUGCAGCAUGAUACGUUGCAAAGCGAUUGCUUUAAGAUAACAAAUUCAGCUCGAAUUAAGCAAAACCGAGAUUCGGAGGGGGGUCUUCACGCGUUCAUGGAUGGAUCCCCUCCCCCCGGAGGCUGCAUAAAGCACAAUGAAGUGAAGCUUCGAUGCAAAUGCAAAAAAGCUACCGGAGGCACCACGUGGCCCACCUUUUUCACCGGGUUGGGUUAUGGAAAGGAUGGAAAUGUUACGGAUCGUCGACGCCGCGGAUCGCAUAGUAGGCGGUGGAAAAUAGCCGCCGGGAGUUUGGGGUCCAAUUGUUUCCAGCUCGUUGGCUAGCGCAUGUGACUUGCAAAUCAAGGCCCUAUGGCCAUCAUUCCCUGGCCUGGCGCCACCCGGUUGGACACCCAUUUUUCGCGACGCGGCGUUUGUUGUUUAUUGCGUCGGAUAAAUUGAUUAAUUUCAAUUGGCAGGACGAAAAUAAAUCGUCAAGGUUGUUGUGGUGUGUGGUGUGGUGGUGGUGCUGGUGAUCGAUGACUUUCGCGUCGCGAUUUGCAUUUGCGCCUUGAUGUGCCUAUCGGGUGGCAUCACAUCAAUGGCAUCAAUUUGCGUGGAUCAGAUAUCCCGUUCGAUGUCACACCAGCAUGCCGGCUGGCUGGCUAUCUGGCUGUCUGGGUGAUCGGCUUGUUUAUGAAACUAAUGACACUGUCACCGUGCACCGAGCGCGUUCUAAAGCUGCUGAUGAGUCCGAUGGCCAAUUGGACAGAAAAUCAAUUAUCCGUUCAUUAGUUACUGGUAAGCGAUUGGUCGGCUGGAUUGGUCGCUAGCGGCUUGCGAUGCGAAGCGGCCGCGAAGUCGCGUCAUGAUACCGGGUUAUAAUUAAUUUUAAAUUUAUUUAUCGUCUCUC